AUGGAACAACGACUGACUCAACGGAAGUUCCACAAGCAGCAUCUUCGUAUUCAACUAAUAUGCUGCAGGUGUCUUCUACAACUUGGGCCGGACCUGUGUAUGGAACAACGACUGACUCAACGGAAGUUCCACAAUCAGCUUCUUCGUAUUCAACUAACAUGCUGCAGGUGUCUUCUACUACUUGGGCCGGACCUGUGUAUGGAACAACGACUGAUUCAACGGAAGUUCCACAAUCAGCUUCUUCGUAUUCAACUAACAUGCUGCAGGUGUCUUCUACUACUUGGGCCGGACCUGUGUAUGGAACAACGACUGACUCAACGGAAGUUCCACAAUCAGCUUCUUCGUAUUCAACUAACAUGCUGCAGGUGUCUUCUACUACUUUGGCAGAUCCUGUACAUGCAACGACGAGCAGGAUGGUCAGCACAACCUGCGUAUGCCCUUGCGGAACCCUGGAAAACCGCACCGCUUCCCAUUCCAAACUGAUAAAGGAAUUGAUCGUGAAGAAGACGACACUGUCCAGCUUCAAGAGGAAGAAGACGUCAGCUAGAGACGAACGACCCUCUGCCCAAGCUAUUGGUAAUAUAGGAAUAGCACUACUAGCGUUUACUGGCGUCUUGAUAUUAAUCCUUGACGCUGACGUGAUUGCAAGGCUGAUCAGCGGUCUAUUCAAACCACGUUAGACCACGUCCAUGUCGACGGCCACGUAUCACCAUGUCUUCAUGGAAACCACUUAAGACCACAUCGACAAGUGAGCGAUCAACAAGGGAGGGUGCACAGUUGGUACCCAUAGCAACACCUGCUUCACAGGAACGUUUAAUGGUGCUACUUUGGUAGCAUAAAUUUAAAUUUUUCAGUCGAAAUUUCUCGUUAUUACAUUCGUUUGCUGAUUUUUUAGAAAGAAGGAUUUUUCUUGUUACUUCGAUUAUUUUUCCGAUUAUUUCUAGUUAUUCUUAAAAAUUUCGUUAAAAUUGAACACAAUUUGACAUGACCAGCUACCUAAGUGGCACCGUCAGUUUUACUUGUCUAACUGUCCUGUCAUAAUACUUCACUCAGCUGCUCUCUGUUUGUAUGAUGUUUUCCAUGCUUUCAGUGUUUGACACAUUGUCCACAGCCUACUAUUAUCCACAAGACACGUUCUAUGUAUUAUUGUAACUAAUUUCCUUUUGUCGUAUCAGUAGAAACACGUUUACAAUCAGUUGCUAGGCAGCUGAAUUGUUCCAACCUUACUUAAUUAGAAGUAAUAUCAUACAACUUGCGAAUUGUACAUAUCGUUUUCAUUAGAGCACAUAUAAUGUAUAUACUCACAUGUAAAUUCAUUUACAUUUCAGAUAUUAUGUAAUCGUCAAAUUUGUAAUCGUGACAUGCCUCUGACUGUGUAUAUAUGACAUACAUUUGCACUCUGUGUACCCGGUGUUUUUUAAAUACGUUCGUCGAAUGGGGUCGACAUUGACUAACUCAUGUCUGUAUCACCACCAGGUAAUGUAGAAAACAUUGUGUCCCAUAUUUUUAGCUCAUUAGCUCAAUGUUAUAUUACAUAGACCAAAACGACACUUUGAGGCAGAACUACAAACUGAGUGACACAUUGAAAAAUACAUUACAUAAAAAGAUUACUGUGUAUUCUAUAAAUAACGUAAAAGAAUAUCACCUGAAACUACAUCCACUUUGAAACAUCUGUCCAAAUCUAUUUCACAUGUAAGUACAUUUUUAUAUUCAAAAUGACUAUAUGUUCCAUAAGUUCCGCAAAACAUUAUCACCUUAACCGACAGCCACUUUGAAACAUUUGUCCAGAUCUAUUGCACAUGUAAAUACAUUUAUUACAUUAAAGUGUCUCUAUCACAUGAAUAUGUUGUCAUCUUCAUCGUUAUUGUAUACAUAUUGUAUUCGAAUACAUAUACUCCUGUACCACCGUCACUGUUUUCAGAGAAUAGACUACACUGAAAUUAUACAUGUCCCUGACGCUAACAUUCCAUUUUCCUAUUACACAGUGGGGUAAAGCUGUCUGAGGCAACGCUACCCGUGAAGAUCCUGGUUGGAAUUGAUCUUCAUUAACCCAUGCUUGUCGUAAGAGGCGACUAACUGGAACAGUGGCCAUGCUCUCUGUCUUGGCUGACACAUGUCAUCGUUUCCCAAUUGCGUAGAUCGAUGCUCAUGCUGUUGAUCACUAGAAUGUCUGGUCCAGGCACGAUUAUUUAAAGACUGCUGCCAGGUAGCAGGGGUAUUGGUGAGUGUAGCGUUAGACAACAAACAAACAAAGUCGGGGUUGCAAGAGUAGCUUUCCUU